CACCUAGGCCCCCUGCAAUUAGUGGGAAAAAGCGGCACAGGGUCUGCACUUUGAGGCAGCAGUGGAGUCAGAUGCAACCAAAUCCUCACUUCCUAAUGGAAGCAUUAGAUAAAGAUGGUUUCUUAUUAAUAAUUUUGGCAUAACUCUUCUUUCCUGAGGCCUGGUUUCAUAUGUUAGCCCUUCAAUAGAGUCAAACUCUUACCUGGUCUUUCCUGGGAAAUUUGCAUUUGUGGCCUCCCCCAAACCUCCCCCAGGCCUGGCCCACACCCAAAGGCAGGGCCAGGUUAGAGUCUCACACCCUUGAGUUAUUUCAAACACUGGCAAGCCCUAGGAUGCACAGCAGAUGUUUCUUGGAGCCUGCCCGCCUGCCUGUUGGGCUCCCACACCCCAUCCCCACCCUGCCCCAGCCCUCUGCAGGCUCACACAUACAUAUACACUCUAGGCCAGCCCUGGGGUCCAGAGCAGAUGUUUCUCUGUGCCUGCCUGCCUGCCCGCAGCCCCAGAACACACAUGUGCAUACACGCACAUACACAUACCCCCACCCACACACCACUGCUGCCUGGGUGGUCCCAAAUGACUGUUGGAUUUCCUGUUACAAUAGAAGCUGUCUCUCCCCUCUUCCUCCUUCUCCAUUUCCCAGAGCUUUCCCAUCUAAACACUGCUUGAACCUCCAUGUUCCUGUUCCUUAUCUUCUCUCCUAUUACUCCAGCACAGGACAAGCUAGAUCCCACCCGAUUUUUUAUGCUGUUUGUGGAAGGGUGAUAUUAGAGGGUGGUAUCCAAUUCCUAGGGCUUUUUCCUUUAUUUCAGAAUCCUGCUGUGUCCUACAUCAGCUAGAGCUGGGGGUGAGGUCAAAGCAAUGAUCCUGACCUGAUCUUGUCUCUGUACAUCUAUAGUUGAGGCUUCUCCCAGCAAUGCCCUAGGCAAUGAGGAGCUGAUCAAGGUGAGGACUGAAGAGUAUUUCUCUAUUCCUUUCCUGUUUUGCUAAUACAGGAAGCAAAGAAAGAAGCAGGACACUCACUGGCUAUCAGAGUUCUGGACCAGAGUUCAGGGUCCCUUACAAUUUUGCCAUGUGGGCAGCCGGGUGAGCCAGGAGUUGCAUUACACCAAGGAGAAGCUGGGGGAGGAGGCUGCGUACACCUCCCAGAUGUUGAUACAGACCCCACACCAGGAGGGGGAGAACAUCCUCACGCCUGAGGCACUGGGCCUCCACCUCCAGGCAGCCCUUGCAGCCAGUAAAGUGCAAGUAUCACUCUAUGGAAAGUCCUGGGAUUUGAAUAAAAUCUGCUACAAGUCAGGAAUUCCGCUAAUUGAAAAUGGAAUGAUUGAGCGGAUGAUUGAGAAGCUGUUUCCGUGCGUGAUCCUCACCCCCAUCGACUGCUUCUGGGAGGGAGCCAAACUCCAAGGGGGCUCUGCCUACUUGCCUGGUCGUCCUGACAUCCAGUGGACCAACCUGGAUCCAGAGCAGCUGCUCAAGGAGCUGGGCCCUUUUGCCUCCCUUGAGGGCUUCCGGGAGCUGUUAGACAAGGCACAGGUGGGCCAGGCCUAUGUGGGGCGGCCCUGUCUGCACCCUGAUGACCUCCACUGCCCACCUACUGCCCCUAACCAUCACAGCAAGCAGGCUCCCAAUGUGGCUCAGGAGUUGAACGGUGGCUGCCAUGGCUUCUCCCACAAGUUCAUGCACUGGCAGGAGGAACUGCUGCUGGGGGGCAUGGCCAGAGACGCCCAAGGACAGCUGCUAAGGGCAGAAGCCCUACAGAGCACCUUCUUGCUGAUGAGUCCCCGCCAGCUGUAUGAGCACUUCCGAGGCGACUACCAGACACACGACAUCGGCUGGAGCGAGGAGCAGGCUGGCACAGUGCUGAGGGCCUGGCAGCGGCGUUUUGUGCAGCUGGCCCAGGAGGCCCUGCCUCAGAAUUCAUCCCAGCAGAUCCACGCCUUCUCCUCCACCACCCUGGAUGACAUCCUGCACGCUUUCUCUGAAGUCAGUGCUGCCCGUGUGGUGGGAGGCUAUCUGCUCAUGCUAGCCUAUGCCUGUGUGACGAUGCUGCGCUGGGACUGUGCCCAGUCCCAGGGUGCUGUAGGCCUUGCAGGGGUGCUGCUGGUAGCCCUGGCAGUGGCCUCGGGCCUUGGGCUCUGUGCCCUGCUUGGCAUCGCCUUCAACGCUGCCACUACCCAGGUGCUGCCCUUCUUGGCACUGGGCAUCGGUGUGGAUGACAUAUUCCUGCUGGCACAUGCCUUCACAGAGGCUCCACCUGGCACCCCUCUCCAGGAGCGCACAGGCGAGUGUCUGCGGCGCACAGGUACCAGCGUCGCACUCACAUCCAUCAACCACAUGGUUGCCUUCUUCAUGGCUGCCCUAGUUCCCAUCCCUGCACUGCGGGCCUUCUCCUUGCAGGCGGCCAUAGUGGUUGGCUGCAACUUUGCAGCCGUGAUGCUUGUCUUCCCGGCGGUCCUCAGCCUAGACCUGCAUCGGCGCCACUGCCAGCGCCUCGACGUGCUCUGCUGUUUCUCCAGCCCCUGCUCUGCCCGCGUGAUUCAGAUUCUGCCCCAGGAACUAGGGGAUAGGACAGUACCAGUGGGCAUUGCCCACCUGACUGCCACAGUUCAAGCCUUUGCCCACUGUGAAGCCAGCAGCCAGCAUGUCGUCACCAUCCUGCCUCCCCGGGCCCACUUGGUGCCCCCACCUUCUGACCCACUGGGUUCUGAGCUCUUCAGCCCAGGAGGGUCCACACGGGACCUUCUAGGCCAAGAGGAGGGGACAAGGCAAAAGGCAACCUGCAAUUCCCUGCCCUGUGCCCGCUGGAAUCUCGCUCAUUUUGCCCGCUAUCAUUUUGCACCCUUGCUGCUCCAGUCACACAGCAAGGCCAUGGUGCUGGUGCUCUUUGGGGCUCUUCUGGGCCUGAGCCUCUACGGAGCAACCUUGGUGCAGGAUGGGCUGGCCCUGACAGAUGUGGUGCCUCGGGGCACCAAGGAGCAUGCCUUCCUGAGCGCCCAGCUCAGGUACUUCUCCCUGUACGAGGUGGCCCUGGUGACACAGGGUGGCUUUGACUACGCCCACUCCCAACGCGCCCUCUUUGAUCUGCACCAGCGCUUCAGUUCUCUCAAGGCCGUGCUGCCCCCGCCUGCCACCCAGGCGCCCCGCACCUGGCUGCACUAUUACCGCAACUGGCUACAGGGAAUCCAGGCCGCGUUUGACCAGGACUGGGCUUCUGGGCGCAUUACCCGCCACUCGUGCCGCAAUGGCUCUGAGGAUGGGGCCCUGGCCUACAAGCUGCUCAUCCAGACCGGGGAUGCCCAAGAGCCUCUGGAUUUCAGCCAGUUGACCACAAGGAAGCUAGUAGAUAAGGAGGGGCUGAUCCCACCCGAACUCUUCUACGUGGGGCUGACCAUGUGGGUAAGCAGUGACCCACUGGGCCUGGCAGCCUCACAGGCCAACUUCUACCCCCCACCUCCCGAGUGGCUGCACGACAAGUAUGACACUACGGGGGAGAACCUUCGCAUCCCGGCGGCCCAGCCCCUGGAAUUUGCCCAGUUCCCCUUCCUACUGCAUGGCCUCCAGAAGACUGCGGACUUCGUGGAGGCCAUUGAGGGGGCCCGGGCAGCGUGCACCGAGGCAGGCCGGGCCGGGGUGCGUGCCUACCCCAGUGGCUCCCCCUUCCUCUUCUGGGAGCAGUAUCUGGGCCUGCGGCGCUACUUUUUGCUGGCUAUCUGCAUCCUGCUGGUAUGCACUUUCCUCGUCUGUGCCCUGCUGCUGCUCAAUCCCUGGACAGCUGGUCUCAUAGUACUGGUCCUGGCGAUGAUGACUGUGGAGCUCUUUGGCAUCAUGGGUUUCCUGGGCAUCAAACUGAGUGCCAUCCCCGUGGUGAUCCUUGUGGCCUCUGUAGGCAUUGGUGUCGAGUUCACAGUUCAUGUGGCUCUGGGCUUCCUGACCACCCAGGGUAGCCGGAACCUGCGGGCUGCCUGUGCCCUAGAGCACACAUUUGCUCCGGUGACCGAUGGGGCUGUCUCCACAUUGCUGGGUCUGCUUAUGCUUGCUGGUUCGAACUUUGACUUCAUCAUAAGGUACUUUUUCGUGGUGCUGACAGUGCUCACACUCCUGGGCCUCCUCCAUGGGCUCAUGCUGCUGCCUGUGCUGCUGUCCAUCCUGGGCCCCCCACCAGAGGUGGUACAGAUAUACAAGGAGAGCCCAGAGGUCCUCAGCCCUCCAGCUCCACGGGAAGGAGGACUCAGGUGGGGGUUGUCCCCCACCCUGCCCCAGAGCUUUGCCAGAGUGACUACCUCCAUGACAGUGGCCUUCCACCCACCCCCACUGCCUGGUGCCUACAUCCACCCAGCCUCUGAUGAACCCACUUGGUCCCCUGUUGCCACACCAGCUGCCAGCGGCUCCAACAACCUCAGUUCUAGGGGACCAUGCCCAGCCACUGGAUGAUAGAGCACCUGAAACAUGGAGACCCUGCUUGGGUCACAUGAAGUCACUGGGAAGCAGUGGGUGGGUUAUUGAAUGCAGGACAGACACCUGGAGAGCCCUGCUGCUGCUGUCUGCCUGCGUUCCCUUUCCUGCCUCAGCCAUCACAGACCUCCCUGAUACCCAUGCAAAACCAGCACCCUCUGGGCUGGGAGAACAGCCUUGCACACCUGGUUCUGUGUUUGUGCCUUUCUGCGUGGGGAUAGAAGCCAGCACCUCAGGCUGUGGUUCAUCCCUUUUCUCCCCCCACUCCCAUGUGCUACUGGCCCCUCGCAGGCCAAGCCUGGGGGAUCCUCUAGUACCCUUUGCUAGUCCUGGCCCCCCACUGCUUGGUAACUCCUGAGUAGGCUGUCUGUAUCUGCCCUCCUUCUACCACGUAAAUUAUUUAUAUGAAGAUGUUUAUUUUUGUAGUUUGUAUAGAUUUUAGCUAUGCUGAAAGUUUUAUUUUUAAAGAGUGAAAUAUAUUCUAUGAACUCAUCUCAAA